AUAAGUGGCAGCAAGUGUGUCUGGCUGUGUUUACCUCUAGCUCACGUGGCGAACAGAAGUAGCUCUGAAGUUCUGAUUCCACCGUUCGUUUUCGAAAGCUCCAGUGACUUUGAAUUCUUUUGCGAGUCCCAGUGAACACUCAGCGGAGAACCUGAGAUACGGCUGCGGUGAACGGCAGUCGUCUCAAGUGAAAACCCUCCGAAAACCUGACUCUUUUUUAAACUCUACCCAUGUUCGAAGUGACUAACAAAUGGAGUCUGCAUUGUAAAACAAAGACUUGACACAGACUCCAUAGCACCUUACGAGCUUUAGUACAAAUCCCAAAUCCUUUCUCUCGAAAUGCAGUGCAAAGCUAUACAGAUGGCUUCCCCCAGCACCUGGUCGAGUCUCUCCCUCGGCAGCCUCCACGUCUCGGGCGACCCCAAGGCGCUCCAGCCCGCCCCCGCCCUCGCCGGCAGCGCCUGGGCAGGGGACGCCGGCGACCUGUGGCGAUACUACAGCGACGCCAACUUCGCCAGCGCCACCACCACCCGGUGCUGCAGCGACAGCGUCAGCAGCGACGAAGGCGGCAGCGGCUACGACGUGGCCCUCUCCGACAUCAGCUGCGACGACAACAACAACAGCAGCAGCGUUAACCUGAACGUGGCGACGGGCGAUCCCUCCGCCCUCUUCCUGCAGCAGGAGAAGGACAAGGGCGACUCGAACAACAACACCGUCGCCUCUGACACCGACUGGACGGACACCAAAUCCAAGAACGCGAGUCCACGACACAGGCUGGUUGACGAGGAGGGUUUCAUCCGCCGGGCCGCGUGCCUGUGCGUCGACGAGACCGAGUCCAAGGUGUUGCUCGUGUCAAGCAAGAAGGACCUCUGCUCCUGGCUGGUUCCUGGAGGAGGAGUGGAAGAAGGGGAGGAGCCAGCUGAGGCCGCCGUCAGAGAGGCGUGGGAGGAGGCAGGCGUCCAGGGGCGUGUCACGAGAUACUUGGGCGUGUUUGAG